AUGCAGGUUGAUAUUAAAAAAGACGAUAUAGAGCCAAUACAACACACCGAAAUGAUGAAAGUUCAUAUUGAUUUAUCGACCAUUAAGAAAAAUGCCAUAAGCAAUGCAUGUGAAAAAUUUGAAGCUUUUGCAGGAAAUUUUAUCAAUGAUAUAAAAAAAGAAACCUUACCAAAACAAACUGGCAUUGUUCCAACUUUAAAAACACCAUGUGGACAAGGUACAAAAACCUGGGCUAAAUAUAAAAUUAUUGUUCACCAAGUCAGAUACGUUAUAACCAGCUCUCAUGAUCAGCUUGAAAAAGUGAUACAAUUUUUGAAAAAUUUUCCAGAUAUUGAUAUUAAUAUGGGAAUUUAUAAUUAA